UUCUCUUGGCCACUUUGCCACUUUGUUAUUAUUGUUUUGUUUUUUUGAAAGAUGUUAUUAUUGUUAUGAUUAAUAUUAUUUCAGUUCUUGCAGAGUCACAGAAGAAUCUUCUUAAUCAAAAAUCACUUCAAUCCACCUGGAAUGGCCACCUUCAGUAUUCCCACGUGUCAAUCCUCUCUCACACGUGCCACCCCGACUCUCUUCAAAUAAAAUUGCAGCUUUUAACUAGAGCUCCCAUGCCCCAUUUGAGUGCAACAAAUGAGGAGCAGACAUUUUGAUUCACUGCUCUCUCUCUCUCUCUCUCUCUCAUUUUUUUUCUUUUUUAAUACAAGCAACCAAUAGAUCCCUACUGGUUGGAAUCGUUGCAGGCAUCUUUUUAUGAUCAAGAACAGCAAAUAAGCUACCUAUUCAACGUAACUGCAGUACAAAGAGAAGCAAGUUCUAGAGAUGGAAAAUGGCGCAAACUUGUACACUGCUCACAGCAAUCGAGACAGAAGCCAAAAUGCCAAUAUUGUUUGGGAGCCUAAUUCUUCAAGAUUCGACUGGGGCAAUUCCACCAAUGGCAACAGCACGUUUUGCACAGCCGUCGUCGCCCCCGCAACCACCUCUGCAGCGGAUACUAUCUGUUCCACACACCCAGAAGCUACUUCUGCCCACGCGCUCAUGUUUCAGCGUGAGAGUCUGUACCCCUACCACCAUCACGACCAGGACUAUCAGCAGCAGCUCUCUUUUUACGGCGGAGAAGGGUCCCACUUUCACUGUGACCCACAUCUAAUGUGCUUGAAGCUGGGCAAGCGCCACUAUUUUGAAGAUACUAUCCCCGUGGGUGACCGGCAGGUAGGCUUCUCCAUAAGCAAAAGAGGCAAACUCUAUCAUCGCGUCGUGGGUAGUCGUGCGGGACAAUACUCGUCGGCAGCGGGAGGGGUGGCGCCUCCGGCGAAUGUACCGAGAUGUCAGGUGGAGGGUUGCCAAGUGGCUUUGGUGAACGCUAAGGAUUAUCACAGGAGACAUAAAGUUUGUGAGAUGCAUUCCAAGGCUCCCAAAGUAAUCGUUCUAGGGCUAGAGCAGCGUUUCUGUCAGCAGUGUAGUAGGUUUCAUGUAGUGUCAGAGUUUGAUGAGUCGAAGAGGAGCUGUAGAAGGAGAUUGGCAGGUCACAAUCAGCGUAGAAGAAAGAGCGCUCGCGAUUCUGAUUCCAGGAACUAUUGUCAAGGGAAAUUUCCAUACGUAGCGUCAACAGCAGACCGUGCUCUCUCUCUUCUGUCAACUAAGGCUGAUGCUUGGAUUUCAUCUGAUCUCUCUACAAGAUCCAGUGCUGCAUUGCGUGAACUGAUUGCAGAACACCGUGCUGUAAUCUUGGCUAGACAGGAACGACACCUGCAACAUAGUAAUGCAAUGGAAAACUUUGGUGAUCAUUCCCACCCUAGCUCCAACAAUUCCUUCUUCCCUUAUGAUCACCAGCUUCAAGUUUCAUAUGAGCCACACAAUUGGGACCGCUUCAAUGACACUACAGGCACACGACUCACUCUGGACCUCAUGCAGGCUCCGAGUUCAGCUUUCUGUUUAUUGUCUACCAGAGGGAAAAAUAACAAAGAAGAGGUAGAAGAAUGUUCCGUGUUAUGGAACACCUGGGGAGGAGCCCAUGUAGUUUAAAGGUUGUACUUUUUAACAUGCAAUUUCUUUUAUAGACAUUAGACCGUCUUGUAGUGAGUUAUUUAUAAGUUUAUUUGAACUCCCAAGUCUCCCGCUUGAUAGGUAAUUAAUUCUUUUUUUUUUUUUUUUGUAUCACAAGUAUGUACAAUUUUGAUUCAAUUAUGUAAAAUUUCAUUUGUUAAUGGA